AAACAGGCUGAGGUGGAACAGAGAAUUUGAACCGAAUGCGGAUCAUCGGAUGGCGGCCGUCUAAGCUAGAGCGCUAGGCUGUCGCCACUCGCCAGUCGCGAGCUACGAGUCUACGACACGAUGUCGUCGGAGAAGCUCGUGCUGCUCGCGCAAGACGGCAAGACGAUAUCCCUGGCCGUAAUCCCCGCGGCCGCGUCGUCAGAGGCAACGGCCACUUUCCGGCUCAUCGUCGAGCAGAGGUACCGCAGCGGCGGUGCGGGAGGCGACGCCAACGAGGUCGACAAAAUAGAGGACGUGGUGUGCCGCGUCGCCGUCGGCGAGCUGUGCGCGGCGGCGGUCGACCGCGCGUUCGAGGACCUGGUGGCCAGGCUCGAGCACCCGACGCUGCGACCGGAGGUCGCAACGUCGGCGAGGGACGCGACCGCGCGCGUCCGGGCGAGGUAUGCGGAAGAGGGGGCUCAGCUCAGCGGCGUCGAGUUCGUCAACUCGUUCAAGACGGACAGCGAGGAGACUGGGAGCGACCUGGAGCUCGACGAGGAAUCCUGGGCGCACGGCUGGCGCAGCGGCAGUGACUGCCAGUAUGACCAGGACCCGGCCGCCCUCAUCAGCGACGACGAAGACGGCGCCCAGUUCUCGGCGCGGCCGUACGAUGGCGCCCUCGCUCGGGAGGGCGGGCCGAGCGACGGGACGCUGCUGUUAUCGGGAUUCCAGGCGCGCUCCGACGGCCCCGAGCUCGCAGAUCAACACGAGCUGACGCCGCGGGACGUGCAACGCCUCGUGCGCCUCGCGUUCGACGGGGGCGACGUGGACAGUGACGACGCGUACCAGCGGGCGCUGGACGGCGGCGCACCAGUGUCUCGUGUCACGCGCGCCGUCGUGCUCGACCAGGGGUUGCGUUCGGCGACGGCUAGACAGCAGCAGCCAACGCCGCCAAGCGGGAUGCCGCCUCGGAUGCGCACCGGAUGGUGGUGAGUGAUGACGCACGCACGGCUACACAAACUGACAAACAGCAGCAGCGAUGGGUUUCUUACUUUCUUUUGAGCUUCGCAGCGAUGGGUAAUGUGUUUGCGUAGUUUCAAUGCUGGAGCUGUUUUUUCUCAUCAGUUUUCGUAUUCGGAUCAGCUGCUAUCGGAAUCAUCAUUUGAAUUUCUCUA